UCGGGGGCGGGGCCGAAAGCCCUAAGAAAAGUCGGUGGGACCCGAGCGGCAGCCGCUGCUAGACACCACCUCAUCAUGAGCAGCCACAACGGCUCCGAGCUCCACGUCCUCUGCAGCUCCGGCCAGCUGUUCUUGCAGCCCCUCUGGGACCGCCUGAGGACCUGGGAGGCCCUCAUCCAGUCGCCCUUCUUCCCCGUCGUCUUCUCCAUCACCACCUACGUGGGCUUCUGCCUGCCCUUCGUGGUGCUGGACGUCCUGUGCCCCUGGGUGCCCGCGCUACGGCGCUACAAGAUCCACCCGGACUUCUCGCCGUCGGCUUGGCAGCUGCUGCCCUGUCUGGGGCAGACGCUCUACCAGCACGUGGUGUUCGUGUUCCCCAUGACACUGCUGCACUGGGCGACCAGCCCCGCCCUCCUGCCCCGCGAAGCCCCCGAGCUGCUCCAGCUGGUCCGCCACGUCGUGCUCUGCCUGCUGCUCUUCGACACCGAGUUCUUCGUGUGGCACGUGCUGCACCACAAGGUGCCCUGGCUGUACCGGACCUUCCACAAGAUGCACCACCAGAACCCGUCCCCGUUCGCGCUGGCCACGCAGUACAUGAGCGUCGGGGAGCUGUUCUCCUUGGGUUUCUUUGACAUGAUGAACGUCUUGCUGCUCCAGUGCCACCCGCUCACUGUCCUGACCUUCCACGUGGUCAACAUCUGGCUGUCGGUGGAGGACCACUCGGGCUACGACUUCCCCUGGUCCACGCACAAACUGGUACCUUUCGGGUGGUAUGGGGGCGUGGAGCACCACGACCUGCAUCACUCCCAGUUUACCUGCAACUUCGCCCCUUACUUCACACACUGGGACAGAAUACUGGGAACUCUGCGGUCUGCUCCCGCCAAGUGACAUGCAGGCACCCCUCCCGGCGUAGUAGUGUGUGCUGUGGUGAGGAGCGGGUGUACCUAAGACAUUGUGCGUUUCACCCUUGAAUCGGGAGAGACACACUUGAGGUUGCUUUUUUUGUUUUAUUUGCUGGAAACUUAUA